CGACUACUCAAUUUUAUGACCAUCUAUCACAUCAUCUUGAAAAAGAUUCUACUCAAUUAAACCGCCUUAUGCUUAAAGAUUCUGAAUGGCAAUUUUUAAAGGAAUUGAUAGAAAUAUUUAAAUCGUUUGAUGAUUUAAAUGAUGUUGAUUAUACUAUAAAUGAAUCUGAUGAAUAUAUUGGAGAUGAAUAUAUUGGAGAUGAAUAUAUUGAAGAUGAUUUUGGUAAGUAG